CUGUAUGUUCAUAACAGAUUCUUCAGGCUUGAUGUAUUAUGUGCUAAUGGAUUCAAUGUAGUUGCCACCAAUCGCUCUUAUCGAACUAUAACUAUAGGACAUUUGAUCUAUCGGGUUGUUUAGCAAAUACAGCUAACUACAAUGAAGUUUUUCUGGGAGGCGCCGAUGUAUCACACGGCGUGUUAUAUACACAAGCGUAUGUUCGCACAGCUGGCAGACGCAUAGAGAAGGUCGAUUACGUCAUUUACUUGGGAAAGGAGGUCGGGCCCUGUAUGCACAUGCGCAGGAUCAGAAUCCUGGUAGCGGUACUUGCGGACAGUCUGAUUUACUGUAGCUAAUCCCCAGGGAUUGUGCUGGGAAAGAGCGACUGCGUGGAUACGCAAUAUAGGGUAGAUGAGCAGACGGUUUUUGGUCAUUUUCAACGAACUGGUUUAGGUAAAGGCUGACUGUAGAUCAAGGAAGCCGGCAGAAUUCAGUUUAGAUAAAUAACCAUCAAGCUGACUACGUUAAUGCUGCAUCGGGAAGCAGGUGGCUAAUGUUAAAUAAGGGUGCCUGCGAAACGAUUUAUUUGUGGAUUUAGGACGGCAUCAUUCCCUUCCAUAAUCUUCCAAACACAAAUUCAACGCCUACAGCUCACUAACCAGAGAGUCGCUAACGUUGCAUUUAUUUAGUGUGUCGGGAGUGGUGAGCCUACUAGGCUACAGUAACGUUAUAUGCAGCGGUUGCAGAAAGCAGUUGAUCACCACGCGACAUCUGUGAGCAAGCAAAAGAAAUAAACCUAAAUCCUUGGAAGAAAAUUGAAUGAUUGGAGUCAACCAGUCGCAACGUAAACAAGUUCACGGGCUGCUGCAAAGGAGAUGAACGGGCUGUGGAGGCGUGAUGUCCCCCUGUCGGAGCGGCUGGGGAGCGACUCUCCCGCGGGAAUGGCGCCAGGACCUCCGGCCACCGCGGCCCCCCCGGGCCCCGCGGGGCCCAACAUCUCCUGGCUCCCGGAGGCCCCCCUGGUGACCCCAGAGCCACCCAUCUUCCUCAUGACCACCGCCGCUCAGGCUGUGUCCGGCUUCUUCGUGUGGACUGCCCUGCUGCUCACCUGCCACCAGAUCUACAUGCACCUGAGGUACUACAGCGCCCCGAACGAGCAGAGGCACAUUGUGAGGAUCCUGUUCAUCGUGCCCAUCUACGCCUUCGACUCCUGGCUCAGCCUGCUGUUCUUCACCAAUGAGGAGUACUACGUGUACUUCGACACGGUGCGCGACUGCUACGAGGCGUUUGUGAUCUACAACUUCCUGAGCUUGUGCUACGAGUACCUGGGAGGGGAGAGCUCCAUCAUGUCUGAGAUCAGAGGGAAACCCAUCGAGUCCAGCUGCAUGUACGGGACAUGUUGUCUCUGGGGAAAGACGUACUCCAUCGGUUUCCUCCGUUUCUGUAAACAGGCCACUCUGCAGUUCUGUGUGGUGAAGCCCCUGAUGGCCAUGAUCACAGUCAUCCUGCAGGCGUUCGGAAAGUACAGAGACGGAGACUUCAACGUGGCCAGCGGGUACCUGUACGUCACCAUCGUGUACAACAUCUCGGUCAGCCUCUCCCUCUACGCGCUCUUCCUCUUCUACUUUGCCACCCGCGAGCUGCUGGUCCCCUACAGCCCCGUGCUCAAGUUCUUCAUGGUCAAGUCCGUCAUCUUCCUCUCCUUCUGGCAAGGCAUGCUGCUGGCCAUCCUGGAGAAGUGCGGGGCCAUCCCCCAGAUCAGCUCGGCCGAAAUGUCUGUGGGCGAGGGCACGGUCGCCGCCGGCUACCAGAACUUCAUCAUCUGCGUGGAGAUGUUCUUCGCCGCCCUGGCCCUCCGCCACGCCUUCACCUACAAGGUGUACAUGGACAAGCGGCUGGACUCCCAGGGGCCUGUUCCCAUCUAUGGACAGUACGGCCGCUGUGCCCCCAUGAAGAGCAUCUCCAGCAGCCUGAAGGAGACCAUGAACCCGGGGGACAUGGUGCAGGACGCCAUCCACAACUUCUCCCCGGCCUACCAGCAGUACACGCAGCAGUCCAGCCUGGAGCAGCGCUCAGGCCCCCCCGUGUCCCGCAGCCACAGCGCCGCCAGCGCCCGCGACAACGAGAAGACCCUGCUGCUCAGCUCCGACGACGAGUUCUGAGCCUCGUCGGGGGGUCGGUGGAGGGUGGGGGGGGGUGUGCCAUGGGCGGGGCUUAUGAAGGGGACACUGCGCCACAGGAAUGCCGUGGUAACCUGUCUCUGAAAUUAGGACUUAGAUGGACACAUUACAGUUACAAGCACACUGUGUUUGUGAAAAAGGCUAGAGUCAUCCUACGCACGCACACGCACGCACGCACGCACACACUCUCUCACACACAUGCACCCACAAGAAUGCGCACACACACACGCACACCCAUGUGCGCACACACACAAAAUACACAGAUACACUCAGCAGAGAGACUUAAAGGUAUAACACAUUCACACUCAAACACGCAGACAUACACGCACACAUUCAGUAGAGACAGAUAAAAUGUAUAACACAGUCACUCUGUUUAUUUCAUGUCAGUUCUCAUUCCCCUCAUUCAUGAGCUCUUCACCAAAUUGUUGCCAAAUAGUAGAAUAAGGACACCUCUGUCCCCCUCAGUUUUUUAAGUAUUGUUUAUUAUUGUUAUUAUUUUGUUUAAUUGGGGACGAUUGAUUGGGGUGUCUGAAGGGGUCCUAGAUAUUUGCUGAGAGUUGUUACAUAUCACAUUUGUGUGAAAAAAAGUAAUAGUUUUGCGAUUGAUAUUUGAGCUUGUGGGUGACUUUCCUUCUGAACGAAAUAUGUUAAGUGGUGACGUGUGGAUUUCUUUCGUGCUGUAGAGGGGCAGAGGGAGGGCCUCUGUGACUGACAGCUGCCGGUGGGGCUUAGUUGAGGGGGUGACCAAUUGAGAGACAAGGGCUCUGGGCUUUGGCGAUGGCUAUAGCCUGGAGCAGUCUGGAUUAUAACAGAGUAAUUGGGCCGUUGUGGAUGGCUAUAAGCAGGACAUAAGACACUACAGUGUGGCCCUUAACAGACAAUGUCGGUUCAAUGGCUGUACAAAUAAUGUAGGUUAUAUCUCUUGAGACAUAAGCAGUGAUGGAAUACGAGCUGUGGUUUUAUGAGAAUCACUUUUAUUUUGUGAUGUGUAAUGUGAUGCAGAAGGCUUUUAACUGCAUUCAGACAAAAAACUUUUGAA